CUGUUUAGGCCCCGGCGACGGUGGCGGCGUCACUGAGUUUUAGGCGCAACCAGCCCGGAGACGAACGCUGCCGGGCUCCCCGAGCCGGACUCCCGGAGAGCCUACGGACUGCGUGACUGGGGCGAUGAGGCGCAGCAAGGCCGAGGUGGAGCGGUACAUCGCCUCAGUACAAGGCUCCGCCCCCUCGCCUCGAGAGAAAUCAAUGAAAGGAUUCCUUUUUGCUAAGUUAUACUAUGAAGCUAAAGAAUAUGAUCUUGCUAAAAGAUAUAUAUCUACUUACCUUAAUGUACAAGAGAGGGAUCCCAAAGCACACAAGUUCCUGGGUCUUCUCUAUGAAGCUGAGGGAAAUAUUGACAAAGCUGUUGGAUGUUACAAGCGUUCAGUAGAAUUGAACCCAACGCAAAAAGAUCUUGUGCUCAAGAUUGCAGAAUUGUUGUGUGAAAAUGAUGCUACUGAUGGAAGGGCAAAAUACUGGGUUGAAAGAGCUUCUAAGCUUUUCCCUGGAAAUCCUACCAUUUAUAGGUUGAAGGAGCAGCUUUUAGAUUGUAAAGGUGAAGAUGGAUGGAAUCAACUUUUUGACUUGAUUCAGUCAGAGCUCUAUGCAAGACCAGAUGAUGUAUAUGUGAACAUCCGAUUAGUAGAGCUGUAUAGGUCAAAUAAAAGACUGAAAGAUGCUGUGGCCCACUGCUGUGAGGCAGAAAGAAAUCUUGCCCUGCGAACAAGUUUGGAAUGGUAUUCAUGUGUUGUACGAACACUUAAGGAAUAUCUGGAGUCUCUACAGAGUUUGGAGGCCAAUAAAAGCAACUGGCGAACAACCAAUAAAGACUUACUUCUGGCCUAUGCUAAUCUUAUGCUUCUUACACUUUCUACUAGAGAUGUACAGGAAAGUAGAGAAUUAUUGGAAAGUUUUGAUGAUGCACUUCAGUCUGUGAAAUCUUUUAUGAGUGGGAAUGAUGAGCUAUCAGUUACUUUCCUUGAAAUGAAAGGUCACUUCUAUAUGCAUGCUGGUACUCUGCUUUUGAAAAUGGCUCAGCACAGUGAGGUACAAUGGAGAGCUCUAUCUGAAUUGGCAGCCUUAUGCUAUCUCAUAGCAUUUCAGGUUCCAAGACCAAAGACUAAAUUAAUGAAAGGAGAAAAUGCUGGACAAAAUUUGUUGGAAAUGAUGGCCUAUGAUCGUCUGAGCCAGACUGGACAUAUGCUGCUAAAUUUAAGUCGUGGCAAGCAAGACUUCUUAAAAGAGGUUGUGGAAUCAUUUGCCAAUAAGAGUGGACAGUCUGCCUUGUAUGAUGCUUUAUUCGACAGUCAAUCACCUAAGGAUAAAUCAUUUUUGGGUAGUGAUGAUAUCAGAAAUGUUAGCAUACAGACCCCAGAACCUGAAGAACUGGCUAGAUAUGAUAUUGGGGCCAUUAGAGCACAUAAUGGUAGUCUUCAGCAUCUCACUUGGCUUGGGUUACAGUGGAACUCGUUGUCUACCUUACCAACAAUCCGAAAAUGGCUUAAACAGCUUUUUCAUCAUUUGCCACAAGAAACCUCUAGACUUGAAACUAAUGCUCCUGAGUCCAUUUGUUUAUUAGAUCUUGAAGUAUUUCUACUUGGGGUGAUAUUUACCAGCCACUUACAAUUACAAGAGAAAUCCAAUUUUCACUACAAUUCACACCAACCUCCAUGCUUGCCACUACCUGUGUGCAAACAGCUUUGUACAGACCGACAAAAAUCCUGGUGGGAUGCAGCUUAUAAUCUUAUUCACAGAAAAGCAGUGUCUGGAACCUCUGCAAAGUUACGCCUUCUAGUUCAACAUGAAAUAAACACACUAAGGGGUCAGGGCAAGCAUGGUCUUCAACCUGCUAUGCUUGUACAUUGGGCAAAAAGUCUUCAGAAAACAGGCAGUGGACUUAAUUCUUUUUAUGAUCAGCGGGAAUACAUAGGAAGAAGUGUUCAUUACUGGAAGAAAGUUCUGCCAUUAUUGAAGACAAUUAAAAAGAAGAGUAAUAUUCCUGAACCCAUUGAUCCUCUGUUCAAACAUUUUCAUAGUGCAGAUAUUCAGAUAUCUGAAGUUGGGGAAUAUGAGGAAGAAGCACACAUAACAUUUGCUAUGUUGGAUGCAGUUGAUGGGAAAACUGAAGAUGCUAUGUCAGCAUUUGAAGCUAUAAAAAAUGUUGUUUCCUAUUGGAAUCUUGCCCUGAUUUUUCAUAGAAAAGCAGAAGACAUUGAGAAUGAUGCUCUUUCCCCAGAAGAACGAGAAGAAUGCAAAAACUACUUAAGAAAAUCUAGAGACUACUUAAUAAAAAUUUCAGAUGAAAGUUGUACAGAUCCUGCUGUAGCUAGAAAGCUUCCAGUUCCUUUGGAGUCUGUAAAAGAGAUGCUUAAUUCAGUAAUGCAAGAACUUGAGGAAUACAGUGAAGGAGGUCCCCAUGGUAAAAAUGGUUCACCUAGAAAUAUAGAUUCUGAAAUAAAACAUUCUACACCAUCUCCAACCAAAUUUUCUUUGUCACCAAGUAAAAGUUACAAGUUUUCUCCUAAAACUCCUCCUCGAUGGGCAGAAGAUCAAAAUUCUUUAUUGAAAAUGAUCUGCCAACAAGUAGAAGCUAUUAAGAAAGAAAUGCAUGAGUUGAAGCUAAACAGCAGUAAUUCUACUAUGUCCCCUCACCGUUGGCCUGCAGAAGCCUAUGGAACAGAUUCAGUGCCUGAUGGAUAUCAGGGAUCCCAAAAUUAUCAUGGAGCUCCACUCACAGUUGCAACUACUGGCCCUUCAGUGUAUUACAGUCAGUCACCAGCAUAUAAUUCCCAAUAUCUUCUCAGAACAGCAGCUAAUGUUACACCGACAAAGGCUCCUGUUUAUGGCAUGAACCGGCUUACACCUCAACAGCAUAUUUAUGCUUACCCACAACAAAUGCAUACACCUCCAGUGCAAAAUCCACCUGCCUGUAUGUUCUCUCAAGAGAUGUAUGGUCCUCCUUUGCGUUUUGAUUCCCCUGCAACUGGAAUUCUGUCACCUCGAGGAGAUGAUUACUUCAAUUACAAUGUUCAACAGACAAGCACAAAUCCACCUUUGCCUGAACCAGGUUAUUUCACAAAACCUCCAGUUGUGCCUCAUCCUUCAAAAUCUACAGAAUCCAGAGUUAUAGAAUUUGGGAAAUCUAACUUUGGACAGCCUAUGCCAGGUGAAGGAGUAAGGCCACCUUUACCAACUUCAGCACAGGCAACACAGCCAACCACUUUUAAAUUUAACUCCAAUUUUAAAUCCAAUGAUGGUGACUUUACAUUUUCAUCACCUGAAGUUGUGGGGCACCCUCCUCCUGCAGCUUUCAGUAAUAGUGAGAGUCUCUUAGGUCUCCUAACUUCAGAUAAACCUUCACAUGAUGAUGGUUACAGUGGAACAAAACCAAUUCCUAGUCAGACAAGUGCACCACGGAAUACAUUCAAUUUUGGUAACAAGAAUAUUUCUAAUGUUUCAUUUACAGAAGGCAUGGCCCACAGUCAAUGUAAAAAUUCUCUUUUUGGCCGUAAUGACGACAUGUUUACUUUCCAAAGUCCAAGCAAAACAGUAUUUGGAACACCCACUCCAGACUUAGCAAACAAGAGUCAUGAAACAGAUGGAGGAAGUACUCAUGGAGAUGAUGAUGAUGAUGGUCCUCACUUCGAACCAGUAGUUCCACUUCCUGACAAAAUAGAAGUGAAAACUGGCGAGGAAGAUGAAGAAGAAUUCUUUUGUAAUCGUGCAAAAUUAUUCCGUUUUGAUGCAGAAUCCAAAGAAUGGAAGGAACGAGGCAUUGGCAAUGUUAAGAUACUGAGGCAUAAAAUAUCUGGCAAAAUUCGUCUUCUCAUGAGACGAGAGCAAGUGCUCAAAAUCUGUGCUAAUCAUUAUAUAAAUCCAGAUAUGAAGCUGACACCUAAUGCUGGCUCAGAUAAAUCAUUUGUAUGGCAUGCGCUUGACUAUGCAGAUGAAUUACCAAAGCCAGAGCAACUUGCCAUUAAAUUUAAAACACCAGAGGAGGCAGCUCAUUUCAAACGCAAGUUUGAAGAGGCCCAGGGAAUCUUAAGAUCUGCAGCUUCAAAUAUUUCCACAACAAACCAAAAUGUUAGGGUUUUGAAAGACACCAAAAAUCAGGAUAACAAGGAUACUGGAAAACCUGACUCUGGACAUCCGAAUUUUGGUUUCCAGAUUUCAAAGAAAGAUGGGCUAUGGGAUUGUAACAACUGUUCAGUAAAGAAUGUUGCGACAGCAAAGAAAUGUGUAUCAUGCAAAACCCUAAAUCCAAAUAAUAAGGAGCUUUUGGGCCCACCAUUAGUUGAAAAUUCUCCAGCUUUUAAGCCUGGCACAGAAAAGACUCAAGAAGGAUUUGGAUUGAUGUUUGCUAAGAAAGAAGGUCACUGGGAUUGCAGUGUGUGUUUAGUGAGGAAUGAACCAACAGUAUCUAAGUGUAUAGCUUGCCAGAACACAAACACAGCAAAUAAAACUAUUCCAUCAUUUAGUCAGCAAACUCCCUUCAAGUUUGGUCAGGGAGAGCUUUCUAAACCUACUACCAGUGAUUUGGGAACUCUAUUUCCUAAGAAGGAUGGACAGUGGAAUUGCAAUGUGUGUUUGGUACAGAAUGAAGUAAGUGAUAAAAAAUGUGUUGCUUGUCAGAAUCCAAAUUUACAAAGUCAACCCAGUUACACAAUUCCAGCACCUACUGCUUUGAAGCUUACUACUGCAGAGACCAGCAAGUCUACUAAAGGUGGAUUUGAGGGAAAGUUUAAUAAGAAGGAAGGACAGUGGGACUGUAGUGUUUGCUUAGUACGAAAUGAAAGCUCUUCCUUAAAAUGUGUUGCCUGUGAAGCACCAAAUCCAGUCAAUAAACCUGUUGCAGAAGCAUCUUCAGAUUUUACAUUUGGUUUCAAGAGUAAAUUAUCUGAACCUUCUGGGAGUCAGAUGGCAACUGGUUUUAAAUGUGACUUUUCAGAAAAAACUUUUAAAUUUGGCAGUGCAGAACAGGGUUUUAAAUUUGGCCAUGUUGAACAAGGAAGCACACCUUCUUCCUUCACAUUUCAGGUUCCCUCUGGUACGGAUGCCAAACCCACAAAAGAAGGAUUUAGUUUUACUAUGCCUGUAUCUGCUGGUGGAUUUAAAUUUGGGAUACAAGACUCUAGUGAUCAAAAGGGUAGUGAGAAGGCCAUUGAAGAAGAUGCUGCUGUCAAAUCUCAUGAUACCAAGCAAAAUAGUAGCGAUUUAGUUUUUGGAAAUAGUAGUAGCAAUUUCACUUUUGCUGACCUUGCAAAGUCAGGGGAAGGAUUUCAGUUUGGUAAAAAAGAUCCAAAUUUUAAAGGGUUUUCAGGUGCAGGUGAAAAACUUUUUUCAUCACAGAGUGCUAAAAUGUCCCCUAAGGCCAAUACUUCAUCAGACAUUGAGAAAGAUGAUGAUGCAUAUAAGACCGAGGAAAAUGAUGAUAUCCAUUUUGAACCUGUAGUUCAGAUGCCUGAAAAAGUGGAACUUGUUACAGGAGAAGAAGAUGAAAAGGUUCUAUAUUCGCAGAGAGUGAAAUUAUUUAGAUUUGAUGCAGAGAUAAGUCAAUGGAAAGAAAGGGGCUUAGGAAAUUUAAAGAUUCUUAAAAAUGAAGUCAAUGGCAAACUAAGAAUGCUGAUGCGACGAGAACAAGUACUAAAAGUAUGUGCUAAUCACUGGAUCACUACUACAAUGAACCUUAAACCUUUAUCUGGUUCAGACAGAGCAUGGAUGUGGCUAGCUAGCGAUUUUUCUGAUGGAGAUGCUAAACUGGAACAAUUAGCAGCUAAGUUUAAAACACCAGAGCUGGCUGAAGAAUUCAAGCAGAAAUUUGAAGAGUGCCAGAGACUUUUACUAGACAUACCACUUCAAACACCUCAUAAACUUGUAGAUACUGGGAGAGCUGCCAAACUAAUACAGAGAGCUGAAGAAAUGAAAAGUGGACUAAAGGAUCUUAAAACGUUUUUGACAAAUGACAAAAAGCUCACUGAGGAAGAGAAUAACAAUUCAGGUUUAGCAGCCAGUACUUCUGAUUUAACAGUAAAACCACAUGCUGAAACUACUGGACCUUCAUUAGAAUGGGAUAAUUAUGAUUUAAGAGAGGAUGCUUUGGAUGAUAGUGUAAGCAGUAGCUCAGUAUAUGCAUCUCCAUUAUCAAAUAGUCCAGUGAGGAAAAAUCUCUUCCGUUUUGGUGAUUCAACAACAGGGUUUAAUUUCAGUUUUAAAUCUGCUUUGAGUCCAUCAAAAUCCCCUGCCAAGUUGAAUCAAAGUAGGACUUCUGUUGGCACUGAUGAAGAGUCUGAUGUUACCCAAGAAGAGGAGAAAGAUGGGCAGUACUUUGAGCCAGUUGUACCAUUACCUGAUCUGAUAGAAGUGUCUAGUGGUGAGGAAAAUGAACAAGUUAUCUUUAGUCAUCGAGCCAAACUCUAUAGAUAUGACAAAGAUGCUGGCCAGUGGAAGGAAAGAGGAAUAGGUGAUAUAAAGAUUUUGCAGAAUUACGAUAAUAAACAUGUGCGCAUAGUGAUGCGAAGGGACCAAGUAUUGAAACUUUGUGCCAAUCAUAGAGUAACACCAGAUAUGACUUUGCAAAACAUGAAAGGGACAGAAAGAGUAUGGGUUUGGACUGCAUGUGACUUUGCUGAUGGAGAAAGAAAAGUAGAACAAUUAGCUGUCCGUUUUAAACUGCAAGAUGUUGCAGAUGCGUUCAAACAAAUUUUUGAUGAAGCAAAACAGGCCCAAGAAAAAGAUUCCUUGCUUACACCACACUUUUCCCGUGCUGCCACUCCUCGAGAAUUCCCAUGUGGCAAAAUCGCAGUAGCCGUAUUAGAAGAAACCACAAGGGAGAGAACAGAUUUAAACCAGGAUUCUGAUACAACAGAUACAAUUCUAGAAGUUGGAGAAGUAUGUAGCACUUCUGAAACACCAACUAAAGCAGUUGUUUCUCCUCCAAAGUUUGUAUUUGGCUCUGAAUCUGUUAAAAGCAUUUUUAGUAGUGAGAAAUCAAAACCAUUUGCAUUUGGCAAUAAUUCAGCUACAGGCUCUUUAUUUGGAUUCAGUUUUAAUGCACCUUUGAAAAGCAAAAGUGGCGAAGAUGUUUCAGGUGAGAUCGAAAGAAAAUCAGACUCUAGUAAAUGUGAGGCACAGAAGAGCUUGAACAUCAAACCAUUUGUUGAAAACAAAACAGAAAAGUCCUUGACUCCUUUUUCAAAGGAAGAGCCCUCAUCUACCUGUGCAUUUAAAACAUUAGAAAAGGGAUUUAACUUUAGUCUUUUUAAAUCUAAUCCAAUGGCUUUUUGGACCAGUUUCCCCUCCUCACAGCCUGAGAGCAAAGCUGAGGUAAAGAAGGAACCAGAAGAACUUUCCACAGAUGAUGUGCUCAUUAUAUAUGAACUAACUCCUACUCCUGAACAAAAAGCUCUUGCUGUCAAUCUUAAACUUCCUCCAACUUUUUUCUGCUAUAAGAAUAGACCAGAUUACGUUAGUGAGGAAGAAGAUGAUGAUGAAGAUUUUGAAUCAGCUGUCAAGAAACUUAAUGGAAAGCUGUAUCCAGAUGACCAAGAUGAAUGUAAAGGAUCCCAAGAAUUUGUAAGAGAAGAAGUUAUUCCAGACCAUGAUAAAGAAUGUAUGAUUGUCUGGGAAAAGAAACCAACAUCUGAAGAAAAAGCAAAAGCAGAAACACUACAACUUCCUCCUACUUUUUUCUGUGGUGUUUGCAGUGAUACUGAUGAGGAUAGUAGCCAUCCAGAAGACUUUAACUCAGAGGUUCAAAAAGUCCAGGAAGCAAAGAAAUCGCAUGAUGAGGAAGAGGUUACAAGUUCAAUUGAUACAGCAUCUACUAGAGGGACUGAACUUCCUACUUCAUUCACAUGUGAAUCUGAAGAACCUGACUCUACUACUGAAUCUUCUGAUGCUACAUCUGGGGCUAAUGACAAACCUGUAGAUUUAUCUAAUAAAAAAGAAAAUGAGGCAGAUUCCACAAGCCAAGAAGUAGAAAGCAGAACUCUGUCGUUUGGAUUUGGCACUAGUACAGGAUUGUCAUUUGCGGAUUUGGCUUCUGGUAAUUCUGGGGAUUUUGCUUUUGGUUCAAAAGAUAAAAAUUUCCAGUGGGCAAAUACUGGAGCUACUGUGUUUGGGAAACAAGCAACCAGUAAAGGUGGAGAAGAUGAAGAAGGUAGUGAUGAAGAAGUUGUACAUAAUGAAGAUAUACAUUUUGAACCAAUUGUAUCUUUACCAGAGGUAGAAGUGAAAUCUGGAGAAGAAGAUGAAGAAAUUUUGUUUAAAGAAAGAGCCAAACUUUACAGGUGGGACAGAGAUGUUGUUCAGUGGAAAGAACGGGGAGUUGGAGAGAUAAAGAUCCUUUUCCAUACAAUGAAGAACUAUUAUCGAAUCCUUAUGAGAAGAGACCAGGUCUUUAAAGUUUGUGCAAAUCAUGCUAUUACCAAAGCAAUGGAAUUAAAAUCCUUAAAUGUUUCAAAUAAUACUUUAGUUUGGACCGCUACAGAUUAUGCAGAUGGAGAAGGAAAAAUUGAACAGCUUGCAGUAAGAUUUAAAACUAAAGAAAUGUCUGAUACUUUUAAGAAGAGAUUUGAAGAAUGUCAGGAAAAUUUAUCAAAACUGCAGAAGAGACAAGUAUCACUUAUAGCAGAAUUGUCGCAGGAAACAAAUCCCCUGGUAUUUUUUGAAAUAUUUGCUGGUGAUGAACCUCUGGGACGUAUUACUAUGGAACUAUUUGCAAACAUUGUGCCUCAAACUGCUGAGAACUUCAGGGCACUAUGCACAGGAGAAAAGGGCUUUGGUUAUAAGAACUCACUUUUUCACCGUGUAAUUCCAGAUUUUGUUUGCCAUGGAGGAGAUAUCACCAAACAUGAUGGAACUGGAGGACGGUCCAUUUAUGGGAAUGCAUUUGAAGAUGAAAACUUUACAGUGAGACAUACUAGUCCUGGUUUGUUGUCUAUGGCUAAUCGUGGCCGAGACACCAAUAACUCUCAAUUUUUUAUCCUUCUGAAGAAAGCAGAACAUUUGGACUUUAAGCAUGUAGUAUUUGGAUUUGUUAAAGAUGGCAUGGAUACUGUGAAAAAGAUUGAAUCAUUUGGUUCUCCUUCAGGGUUGGUGAGCAAAAGAAUUAUGAUCACAGAGUGUGGACAAAUAUAAAAUCACUGCUUUUUCAUAGCAAACUUUUAUCUUUGUAAACAAUUAAAUUGAGGCUUAGCUGUUCUCAACAAUAUGGUGAUUAUGUUCAGCUUUUGAAAAUGGACAUUUCCAAUGUAUAAAUGUAAAAUUGCAGCUUAUAGCUGUUGUCAUUUUUUUUAAUGUGUUAAAAUUGACAUUGCAUGGUGUGAAAUAAAAGUUUAAACACUGGUCUAUUUCAGGUGUACUUGUGUUUAUGUACUCCUGACAGAGAUUUGUAUUAAAAAUCAACAUGAAAUAAGUAUUGUUAAAGCAAUAGCCCUUUUUAGGUUGUUGAAAGAAUGACAUAAGCAAUUUGAUUCUGUUAAAUUGAUUUUAAAGUAUUUUACUUCGUGCAUCCAUGUACCUGACCUUUUAAAUGAAGGGACCACAACUUGGAUCUUUUUUAGAUUUUAAAUAUACUUGCUAUGAUAUCUUACCUAUUGGUGUGCCUUUUUUUGAGAGGGACACAAAAAGUGCAUGGAGACCCAUUUAUAAUUGGGUGGAGCUAUGAAGAGAGCCAUGGCUUACCCAAAGUGCUCUUCUGAGAUCUUCACCUCCAUGUGUAGUCUUGAGUCAAUUUUUAAUUGAAUGCCUUCCCUCUUCCAAUCAUUUGUAGCUUUCUGUGUUACUUAUAAAAGGCAGGACUUUAUUUUCUUAUAUUUUAGAUAGAUCAUUUGACUAGUUCCUUAGUGUUUAGAAAAUUUUGGGCUUUAUUUUCCUGUCGUCAGUCUCUACUACCUCAGAGUUCAUAGUCUAGUUCUUUCAACAGAACUUGGAUUUUUUUCCCUUGCAAUUGAGUAUAUAUUGCACAUUUUAAAAUAGCUUUGUACCAUGUUCAUUGCUUCUGGUUACUUAAUACUAUGUUACUUCACUAUCUGUUCUUGAUGAAUUUUGUAAAAUAAAAGAAACAUCAACCACAACAAUUUUUAGAAUUAUUGUAUAGCUAGAUGUUACUUUAUCCAUUCUAGCACUACAUCAAAAGUAGGGAAGGCAGGUAAAGGAUGAAAAAACUAGUUGGCCAUGAAAUUUUAGGAUUGUAAACAGUAUUUCCCUCCUCAGAUGCAAACUGAAAACAUUUGGAAAUAAUAAAGGUGUGGAUUGUAUCAUAAAACAGAAAGUGUGUCCUGAGAGAAUGAGGUGAUUGUACAUUAUAAGAUUAGGAGAAUAUCACUCCCCUGCAUCCUUAUUAAAAAUAACGUGACAUGUUUAUGAGUGAUGUAAGAUUAGUAUAUGCCAAUAUUGAGUAUAUAACAUCUACUUUUCUUCCUUUUUUAAUCAAUGUAAUAGGUUACUUAGCUCAGUUUUAAUUGUAAAAAAAUGGAAAUUUGCCCUACUUAGUUAUCUGUUUAAGAUUAAAUUUCUGGGGAAACGUUUUAUGGUAGCAGAUUAGGAUUUAUGUGUCUGUGAUUUUGAAGUAUCAAAAAGAAAAAGUUUACUUGUCCUAAGAAUUUACUAAUUCAAAACUAAUUUACAUUCUCCAAAUUGACUAGGAAAAUAAAGGGAAUGGUGGUUUCACUAAUACAUGAAAUGCUCUCUAACAUGGUUUCUUUGUCUUAAUUGGUAUUUCGUGAUAUGGUGGUAUAGAAAGUGGAUUUUAAAAAUGAUUGAUGGCCUUUGUGACAAUCCUAGAAAUUCUGAAAUAUCAACUACCACUAAUUUUAAAGGCAGUAAAAAAAUUUUUUUUGAAUUGGCUUCUUUAUGAAAUUUUAAAACUAUACAUUAUAAAGCUUGAGGGAACUUUAAUCUUGACUAAUAAAUGAUGUCAUGUUAUAUUCUGAUAGUGAUUUUUUUUUUAUACUCUGGCAAAGAAUGUUUAUGGCAUUCUGUUCUCCCAUUCUAAUUCUCCCUAUACUUGUUCUAAAGUAAAAAUGACUUGAGACAUUGUACCAAAGGCUAUUUGUCACAUUUUUGGAAGGAGUUUUAAGACCCAACUGAAAGAAAAAUGAACUGUAUAGAAGCACAGCAUUUUAUUGAAUUUCUUUGUAUCACUGAUCAUUUUUAUAUUGUCUUCAUUAAAACCUUUUAAAUGGAAUAGAAA